AUGACCGGCGCCAACUGCCAAACAUUUCCUCCUCGAAAAUGGUACAGAAGAGUUCCAUUUGUGUCUCAGAAACCCAUAGAGACAAGCCUCAGGAGGCGACACCCGAAAUCACCUUCACCUUCUUCGAAUGAGGCCGAAAAUGGAAAAGCCACCGGCGACCAGGAAUACGAAACCGAAACCCCCGAAGCGCGAGCGAACUGGAUAUCGAUUAUCACAUUCAACUGGCUAGGAACACUCUUGCGAAUAGGGUACAGUCGGCCUCUCCAGGCUGACGACCUCUAUGACCUUCCAUCCAGCAGGCUGGUCGGUCAUCAUGCCGAGCGACUGGAGCAAAGAUGGACCACGAGACACAAGGCAAAUGAAGAGCUGCCGGAACGAUCAAAGCGAGUUUUCUCCUUGGGGAUUUUUGGAAAAGGACGCCAGACCGACACUACCGUUCUCACAUUUGCCCUCAAUGAUAUAUGUUUUCGGUGGUUCUGGCUUGGAGGCCUGUUCAAGAUGUUGGGGGACGUGACGCAGAUCGUAUCGCCGUUGCUUAUUCGAUUCCUUAUCAACACCUUAAACGACCCAUCUGAACAGGCAUAUCGAACAGGUUUUGGCUAUGCGGUCGGGCUGUUUGCUUUGCUGGCGUUUUCCGUCACGGCGAACGUCCACGGGUUCUAUCGAUCUGCCUCGACCGGAAUUCUCCUUCGAUCCGCUAUGAUGCACGCAAUCUACCGCAGGGCCACAUCUCGACUCACAGAGCGCGCAAAGUUGAAGGGUGAUCUCGGGAUGGGAAAAUUGAUGAGUUUGAUGAGUGCCGACUUGUCACGCAUCGAAUUUUGCUGCAACUACUUUCACUCGGCGUGGACCAGCAUUCUCCAGAUCAUCAUUUGCCUCGCCCUAACUAUCUGGACUUUGGGUUAUAGCGCACUCCCUGGCUUCGGUCUGUUGGCGCUUUUGUAUCCCGUGCAAUCCUACAUGAUGAAAAAUCUCUUACUCUUGCGCCGUAAUAGCAUGAAAUAUACCGAUGCCCGAGUGAAAGCUGUGGUCGAAGCUGUGUCAACAAUCCGCCUGGUCAAAACAAAUGCAUAUGAAAAGAGUUUGCUCUCCAAGAUUAGAGAGCUUCGAUCUGACGAGGUAGUCUACAUCCGAAAGAGAAUGUUACUACGAGCCCUCAACAUUGCCGUCUCAUUCACUGCACCUACUCUCGCCUCUGUGGUCAGCAUUCUCUGCUACAGCGCUAGCACAGACAGUGGGAUGCAAGCUGGGGUGGUCUUCUCAGGCCUCUCUUUCUUCUUGCUGAUGAGGUCUCCAAUGGGUGCCUUGCCCAUUGCUAUUUCUGCAAUUGCCGACGCGCAGGCAGCACUAGAACGACUUUCUGCAUUCAUGGCUAUUUCCGAGGAGGCUGUCCCGCUCGAUGCUGAAUUGCGGGAUGAGCUCGCCCGCAAAGGACAACAAAUGAGCAGCGACGUUUUAAUCAGAGUAGAAGAUGCCAGAUUCUCCUACCACGACGAUGAGCGACUCCUGGCAGAUGAUACGGAAGAAGACGAGAAGCCCAACCCUACAUCCACAUCGCAGAGACUUUACAUUGACUCGCUUGAGGUCAAAAGUAACCAACUGGUUUGCAUCGUUGGUCCAGUUGGAUCUGGCAAGUCCUCAGUUUUGGGAGCUUUGCUUGGUGAUAUGCAUCUCGACGAGGCACGCGCAUGUUCGCUCAAUCUUGAAAGCUCCGUCUCAUCCAAUUUGGCCUUGGCUCCACAAGAGGCUUGGCUUCUGAGUGAGACUAUACAGCAGAACAUUGUCUUCGGGCGCACAUUCGAUGAAAAGUGGUAUAAUGAGGUUAUUCAGAGGUGCUGUCUUGCCCCCGAUCUCGAGAUGCUCUCUGAUGGUGAUAAGACUGUGGUCGGUGAGAAGGGUGUUUCUCUCUCUGGAGGCCAGAAGCAACGUAUUAGUCUCGCCAGAGCAGUCUAUGGACGGAGCCAGCUUCUUUUGUUGGAUGAUUGCUUCUCAGCACUUGAUGCGCAUGUCGGUGCGCGUGUUUUUGAGAAUGUUGUCGAUCGGUCGCGUCGCAACAAUGAAGGCGCUAUCGUUUUGGUGACCCACUCCAUGGCCAUUGCUCGCCAAGCAGACCUUAUCGUCUACAUGGAAAAGGGUCUUAUUGUCGAGCAAGGCUCGCUUGAAUACCUGGAGAGUAAGCAAGGUGCCUUUUACGAUUAUCUUCGGUCAUCAAUGGCAACAUCACCCGACUCCGUCUCGUCUGUGGUCACUUUGCAAGUUGAUAAUUCGGAAGAAGAGGGCGCAGCAGAAAUAAAUAUGCAACAGACUUCCACUGAUUCCCAGCCAUCCAACGACAAUCAAGACAAAGAGAAAGAGACUGGCCAGUCCGAAUCCAAGAGCCCUACGACCCAGCAGACAAGAGGCCAAGAAAUCAUGCAAACCGAAGAGCGACUCAUUGGAACUGUUAGCGGGAAGACUUACCUGCACUACAUCAAAUUUGGCAAUGCAUGGAUCAUUGUUCCUCUUUUCUUCUUAUCCAUCGCGGUGUUUCAAGGAUCCAGUGUUGUCUCGCCCCUGUGGCUGAAUUGGUGGCAGAAGAAUAGACAUCCGGAAAUAUCAGAGAGCGGCUACAUGGGUGGCUUCGCUGCCUGGGGUUUGGGUCAAUCUAUCGGAUUGUUCUUCAUGAGCACUGUUUUCGCCUUUUUCUGUUUCUGGUGCUCCAAUCAAUUGCAUGCUGCAGCUCUUUCGGGUGUACUAUUCGCGCCCGUGGCUUUCUUCGACACAACCCCUCAAGGCCGCAUCACACAUCGUUUUGGUAAGGAUGUUGAUGCCGUGGAUAAUGUGGUCGGAGAGCAACUUCGAGUUUUCAUGUCCACUCUGGUUCAAGUGAUCGGAACGAUCAUUGUCGUUAGCAUCAUUUUGCCUGUUUUCUUGGCUGUUUCAGCUGGCGUCCUGCUCAUAUAUAUCUGGACCGGCAUAUAUUAUCGCCCAGCUGCGCGUGAAUUGCGACGCCUCAAUAACCUUCUACGAAGCCGGAUCUAUGAGCACUUCGGCGAAUCACUGUCCGGUUUACCAACACUCAAAGCAUUCGGGGUUGUGGACCGGUUCUUGGAUGAUAAUGCCACGAGGAUUGAUGUUGAAAACAGAGCCGCUUGGCUUGCCGUUGCAGCUGUGCGCUGGCUUAACCUCCGUUUGGAUCUCUGUGGCGCAGUGCUCGUUCUCGGCGCUGGUUUGCUAGUUGUCGGCCUUCGUGGCACCAUCGAUCCCUCGUCAGGGGGUGUUGUUCUCUCCUACAUGGUCACGGCCCAAGCUGCCUUUGGAAAUAUGAUCCGCUUCAGCGCUGAGAUUGAGAACAACAUGAACUCUGUAGAAAGAAUGCUUCACUACGCCUAUAAUCUCCAGCAGGAGCCCGAUCAUGAUGUCAAAGCCGUGGACAAGAGCUUGAGGGACCAGAAAUGGCCCAGCAAGGGCCAUGUCCAAUUCGAGUCUUUGACCCUGAGCCACCGCCCUGGUCUAGAUCCGGCUCUCACCGAUGUGACACUCGACAUUCGCCCAGGAGAGAAAAUUGGCAUUGUCGGCCGAACUGGCGCCGGAAAGACGACUUUGAUUACUGCCCUUCUUCGACUAAUAGAGCCCACAAAUGGACGCAUUCUCAUCGAUGGCGUUGAUAUCCAUGGGGUAGGUCUGCAUCUAUUGCGCUCAAGUUUGUCCGUCAUUAGCCAAGAUGCUGUCCUCCUGGCUGGAACGAUCAGAUACAACCUUGAUCCAUUCCAGCAACACAAUGAUGAAUGGCUGAGACAGUGUCUCCGAAUGGUUGGCCUUGCUGGCGUGAUGAAUGAAAAAGAGAUAAAUCUUUCCACCACCGAGGAGACUAGCGAAUCGAGCAACACCGAGAAGGGCAGUGAUGAUGUUGGGUCUUUCCUCGAUCUCGAGUCAGAAGUCAAAGAGAACGGUGCCAACAUUUCUCAUGGCCAGCGUUCCUUAAUCUCCAUCGCUCGUGCUCUGGUCCGGCGGUCAAAAGUUGUGAUUCUUGACGAAGCCACGGCAUCUAUUGACGGCCGUACCGAUAAACAUCUUCAGAAGAUGUUGACCGAAAUAAUGGGUGACGCGACCGUUCUCACUGUAGCGCAUCGACUCAAUACCAUAGUUGAUUCGUGUGAUCGAGUUCUGGUUAUGGAGAGAGGUCGGGUCGCAGAAUUCGACGACAUACCCAGCCUGUACGCCAAAUCCGACAGCCUGUUCAGGGCUUUGUGCGACGCUGCCCAAGUCAAGGUCGCCGAUGCAAACAAUUGA